AUGCCGAAGAACAAGAAGCGGAACGCUCCCCACCGCGGUGGCAGUGGUGGCGGCGGCGGCUCAGGGGCAGCUGCGGCGACGGCGGCAACGGCAGGUGGCCAGCAUCGAAAUGUUCAACCUUUUAGUGAUGAAGAUGCAUCAAUAGAAACAAUGAGCCAUUGCAGUGGUUACAGUGAUCCUUCCAGUUUUGCUGAGGAUGGACCAGAAGUCCUUGAUGAGGAAGGAUCUCAGGAAGACUUAGAGUACAAGUUGAAAGGAUUAAUUGACCUAACCCUGGAUAAGAGUGCAAAGACAAGGCAAGCAGCUCUUGAAGGUAUUAAAAAUGCCCUGGCUUCAAAAAUGCUGUGUGAAUUUAUUCUGGAAAGAAGAAUGACUUUAACUGAUAGCAUUGAACGCUGUUUGAAAAAAGGGAAGAGUGACGAGCAACGUGCAGCUGCAGCAUUAGCAUCUGUUCUUUGUAUUCAGCUGGGCCCUGGAAUUGAAAGUGAAGAGAUUUUAAAAACUCUUGGACCAAUCCUAAAGAAAAUAAUUUGUGAUGGGACAGCUAGUGUCCAGGCAAGACAAACUUGUGCGACUUGCUUUGGUGUUUGCUGUUUUAUUGCCACAGAUGACAUUACUGAGCUGUAUUCAACUCUAGAAUGUUUGGAAAGUAUCUUCACCAAGUCCUAUAUCAAAGAGAAAGACACUAAUGUUCUCUGUAGCACCCCUAGCACAGUGCUUCAUAUCAGCUCGCUCCUUGCUUGGACGUUGUUACUGACCAUAUGCCCAAUCAGCGAGGUUAAGAAAAAGCUUGAAAUGCAUUUUCAUAAACUUCCAAGCCUCCUCUCUUGUGAUGAUGUAAACAUGAGAAUAGCUGCUGGUGAAUCUUUGGCACUUCUUUUUGAGUUGGCCAGAGGGAUUGAGAGUGACUUUUUUUACGAGGACAUGGAGUCUUUGACUCAGAUGCUUAGAGCUUUAGCCACAGAUGGAAAUAAACACCGAGCCAAGGUGGACAAGAGGAAGCAGCGAUCAGUUUUCCGAGAUGUCCUGAGGGCUGUGGAGGAACGGGAUUUUCCAACGGAAACUGUUAAAUUUGGUCCUGAACGCAUGUAUAUUGAUAGCUGGGUCAAAAAGCACACCUAUGACACCUUUAAGGAGAUCCUUGGAUCUGGGAUACAGUAUCACUUGCAGUCAAAUGAAUUCCUUCGCAAUGUGUUUGAGCUGGGACCCCCAGUGAUGCUUGAUGCUGCAACACUUAAAACGAUGAAGAUUUCUCGUUUUGAAAGGCAUUUAUAUAACUCUGCAGCGUUUAAAGCUCGAACAAAAGCUCGAAGCAAAUGUCGAGAUAAGAGAGCAGAUGUUGGAGAAUUCUUCUAGAUUUUCAGCACUUGAAGAUUUAAAAUUAUUUUUCUUUCAUUAUUGCUAAUGUAUUUAAACUUUAGAGACAGUUUUUAUAUUGGGUCAACUUAGAUAAUUUUUGUAGCAGGGGUUAUAUUAUAAUUUAAUAUACAUAUUGCUUAUGGUAAGUUCUGAUCAUUGACUUCUGUGUAAAUAUAAUCAGUAAAUAUGAAUAAAAUGUUUGUAAUGUUUUGUCCUAAUCUAUUUAUGAAGAGAGCAAAAAUACAGCAUUUCACAUGAUUUCAUGAAAAGAAAAAUUAUCAGCCAAGGUUUCAUUUCUUAUACAUGUGGUUGUCAAAAAUUCAGGUUGAUGAUAAUAAUAUAUACAAAUACACUAUCUUAAAUAAGAGUUCAAGAAAAAAUUUUGGGGAGCUAGUUCCUCUGGAGAAGCUGCUGUAUUUUUACUUUGAAAUGUAAAGUAGUUAACUUUGUCAGUGGAUCAGCAAAAGGAGUGAUGCCACCAGCCGUUUGUGCUGCCUUGGAAGUCCACGGAGCCCACGGUGAGUGGGCCAGGUGGUGGCUGACCUUACCCUCUGAGAGCAGCGACCCUGAUUUUUCCUGCUGAAUGAGACCUCGUGCUUUUGACUUUGAAAUAAAGACCUUUUCACAUGGAAUAUGCUUCUUUUCUAACAAAAUAAACACUAUUUAUGGUGUUGAGGUACAACAUUCAAAAUGGCCAAGCCAGGGAAGGAGGAAGGGAGACAAAACAUUAUGUAUGUGUUCAAAAAUGUUAAAAUAAAUGAAAAAAAUGUAGCACAAUA